AAAUGGCCCUGAUUGAGGAUCGUCAGUCUGUCACGUCAGGAGCAAACUGGAUCCUUAACAGGUCGAUACCACCAUCUGUAGGCCUGUUCGCCGAAAACCAUUAAUACACUAACUGUAAGUAUCGACCUUUCUCUCGCUUCCUGCUUCCUCAACAAGAGUCGCUCUGCAGGACGCGGCGGUCAGUAGUGGGAAGCACAGGGACCUUCUGGACCUGCUGAAUCCACAGGGAGCUGCUUGUUCGGUGUCAAGUCCGGUUUCAGCGCGGGCUCGGAUCCAGUUGAGCCCCGGACCCAGCGUAGUCCUGCUCCUCUCUGCGUCUCACCAUGCGCGGCGGGUCGGUCUGGAGUCAGGUGGUGGUGAUUGAACCAGUGUCCUGGUAUCCCAUCAGCAGGCUCUGACUCAGAACAGUUAUGGGCUCUCAAGGAACAUGGGUCCCAUGGGCACACUGCCAGGACAGGGACAGUCCUGGUCCAGACCAGGAGAGGGAGAAGUGCUGGGCUGAGCUGUUUGAUCAGCUGGACCUCAACAAAGAUGGACGCAUUGACAUCCUUGAACUGCGGACAGGGCUGGCAGGUCAAGGACUUUCAGCAGGUUCCUUUGAGAGGAUCGUGGAGACUGGGGACACCAACCAGGAUGGAGUACUGGACUUUGAAGAGUUCACACAGUAUCUUCGCAACCAUGAAAAACAGCUCAAGCUCAUGUUUAGCAGCCUGGACAGGAACAAUGAUGGGCAGAUAGAUGCAGUGGAGAUCCAGCACUGUCUACACAGCCUCGGUGUGAACAUCAGCCUGGAGGAUGCCACCAAGAUUUUGCUAAGUAUGGACAAAGAUGGUACCAUGACCAUUGACUGGAAUGAGUGGCGAGACUAUUUCCUGUUUAAUCCUCUCACUAACAUGGAGGAAGUGGCACUUUACUGGAAACAUUCAGUGAUGGUGGAUAUCGGCGAGCUUUUGACAGUCCCAGAUGAAUUUUCAGAAGAAGAGAAGAAGUCUGGCUUUGUGUGGCGGCAGCUGAUGGCUGGAGCUAUGGCUGGAUCUGUAUCUCGGACUGGAACUGCCCCCUUGGACCGUCUCAAAGUCUUCCGACAGGUUCAUGGUUCCACUGACUUUAAAGGGAAUGUGCUGAGCAGUUUUCAGUAUAUGGUGAAAGAGGGAGGAGUGCGGUCGUUGUGGAGGGGCAAUGGAAUCAAUGUUCUUAAAAUUGCCCCAGAGACUGCUAUCAAGUUCUCAGCUUAUGAACAGAUCAAGAAUGUGAUGCGUGGUGGUAAUGACACAAAAAAUCUAAAGGUUCAUGAGAGGUUUGUGGCCGGCUCUAUGGCUGGAGCUACAGCUCAGACAGCUAUCUAUCCAAUGGAGGUGCUGAAGACCCGUCUCACACUAAGAAAAACAGGCCAAUACUCAGGAAUAGCAGACUGUGCCAAACAAAUCCUACAGAAGGAAGGUGUCGCAGUGUUCUACAAGGGUUAUGUACCAAACUUGCUGGGUAUUGUACCUUAUGCUGGCAUUGACCUGGCUGUCUAUGAGACUCUGAAGUUUGCCUGGCUGAACAGGAACAUUGGCUCAGUCGACCCAGGGGUCAUGGUGCUGGUCGGCUGCGGUGCUGUCUCCAGCACUUGUGGACAGCUGGCAAGUUACCCGUUGGCACUGAUCCGCACUCGAAUGCAGGCACAAGCUUCAGAGAAGGGAGCCCCUAAACCCUCCAUGUUGGCCUUGCUUCACAACAUCGUGACCCAGGAAGGUGUUGCCGGACUUUAUCGAGGAAUUUCCCCCAACCUGCUGAAAGUCAUCCCUGCUGUCAGCAUUUCAUAUGUUGUCUAUGAAUACACGAGGAUAGUCCUGGGAGUGGACAUUGAGGGUAGGAGAGGAGGGAAGGGGAAAGGGUAGGAAAAGGAAAGAUGACUUGGGUCUGGCUUUAUCUACAAGCAUGUGCAGAUCUGAUGGCAGUGCAUGAGGAAAUGAGCCUGGAUUGUGGGUGAAUACAUAGUCCUCUGAUUGCUAGUCUUGACAUUAUAUGUUGAAGAUGACAGGAUGAAAAAUAAACCAUGGAAGGAAAAGUGAUUAACAGAUAAACAUUAUGUAUAAUCCAUUGUGAAAAACUCACCUGAAAUUGCAGUUACUGUGAAGAGUUUCAAGUGACAUGCAUUCCAUAUUACAUUGAAAUGCAUGCAGUUGUGUGAAAGCUAACAGCUACUACUGCAUUUCACAUGGACAGAUGGAAACUUGCAUCAACUUGCCUGAGAAUGAGCAGAUAGAAGGUGUAACCACAUUUGCAGUCCAUGUUACAUUCCUACAUCACAGUUAUUUCUCCUAGGUGGUCCUUAGAGAAGAUAAAGGAUUGAUAAGAAGAUUUGUUCAAAUCCCCAUGGAUCACAACGUUCUGGACACCAGUAAAGUUGCACUCAGGACUUUGACUUAGAUAUUCCAAACUAUAGAAAUACUGUAAUUGUCAAGCAGCAUUUAAUAAUGCCAGUACUGAUAAUUACCAAGUUUAAUCUUGUGUGACCUCAUGGACAAUGAAUUGGAAGAUGGUGAAAAUAAGAGAUGUCAAUAUUCUCUUUCAUGGAGGUAUUACUCCUGAGUAAAGCACACCAAAGAUUUUUUAUUUUACAAGUGAGAAACUGCUAAAGCUGUAUCAAGAAGAGCACAGAAGAUUCAAGAUAACCUCUCAUGCAAACGGCCCACCAUGUUUCAUGGGUAUUCACUUUUGUGCCUGCUUUGUUGUAUGUGAACACUACUAGGUUCAGUGCCAUAUACUGUAAAUAGACUACUUUCAUAAACUGUAUAUGCACAGUGUGCAGAUUUAGCACUGUGGAAAAGACAUGAUUUUGACUGUGUCAUGAAACUAUGAGAAAUGGGAUUUAAUGCCAAAACUAGAGUUAAGUGUCAGUAUUCAUUAUGGAAUGUGCAGAUAAAUGCAUGCAUUGUGUUGCUUUUGUUAAAUAAAUACCACAGAGCUUUUUAAUAGAGAACUAAAGUUUCCAUUUGAAAUUACAAAUGUCAAAAUUAAAUAAAAUCACAGCACUAGUACUGUA